AUGGCUUCCUCGUCCCAUCGUCGAGGUUCGCCUGCUGAACCACGGUCCGCCCAGGAAGCCACCGAACACGCAGAGCCAGACUUCCCACCACCACGACGGCAAUCCAGCAUUCGUUUCUCAGAGGACACCAAGACUGCUUCGCGGUCACCAAUGUCGCGUAUGGCGCGAUCUUCGGUAUCGGAUGAAAGUACGCCUAUUAGGCCCACGAGCAAUGAUGACAGGCGGGACUACCGGACUCAGUCACAGCAUGCCGAGGACGAGCGGGCGCCAGAAGACGAUAGCGUUCCAUGGUACAAGAGAAUAGCAGACAAGUAUGGUGCGGUGGAACUGGAGAACAAGGGAUCAGUCGCUCGAGAUCACUUGGCGCUGGAGCGCACAUUUCUGGCAUGGCUGAGAACAAGUCUUGCCUUCGCUAGUAUUGGUAUUGCCGUUACUCAGCUAUUUCGUCUUAACAGCAGCAUCAAGGAGAGCAAACGUAAGGCUGCAGCAGUACCUCUGUCCCCUUUGAUCGGGGGCUCGAUUCCAGUGGACAUGUUACCAAUACUCCAGCAGCUGUCCGAGAACCUGCAGAGCAACACUCCGGCUACUCAGCAGAAGCUAGGACCCACGCUGCUGGACCAAUUGCUCCUCCUGCCCGCAGUCGAUGCGGCCGGCACUGCAAGGGACGACUCAAUUGUGGCUACCGACGUGCCCAUACAUCGAAUGCGGCACGUCGGGAAACCUCUGGGCGCGACAUUUCUUGGUAUAUCUAUACUCAUCCUAUUCAUAGGCCUUCACCGAUACUUCGAGUCCCAGCACUGGAUCAUUCGAGGCAAAUUUCCGGCGUCCCGAGGCAGCAUUUUCAUUGUUGCCUUUCUAGCUGGAGCACUCAUCGUUGCCAGUCUGGUGGUUGUUCUCGUCAUCGCCCCUACAGCCGUCGAGAAUUGA